AGAGUAUUUUUGUUUUAACAUAGGUAAUUGUAAUUUUACCCAAAAAAAAAAAGAAGGUAAUUAGUAACAUUUUGAAAAAACCGUAACUUUACCUUUUUUAGUCAGAUUCUUUUUUUUCCCUCGCAAAAAUAUGUCUAUCGCUAGAGUUUAGUGGGCCAAUAUGGGUUACAAAUCAAAUGGGUCUGGGAGUGGACAAAUCUAAACAAUGGGCCCAAAUGAUUUGAGCACAUAUCAGCAGCAAACGGAGUCUCUUUCUUCUUCUUUCUACAAAACCUUCACGCGCGGCUUCUCCUACUGUCGCUUCGUCCGGUUCUGUCGGUGCUGUCUCCGAAUCACUGUCUUUUUUUCUUUUUUCUUCCUAUACGAGUUCUGUCUCGUCUCUUCUAUGUUUCACUAGAUGUACUCAUACUUCCAUGUUAAGCCUGUUAAUGACGGAGAAGCGAAAUUGGAUUAACUUUCGCUUUCAUGGAUCAAACUAGUGUUGGAACAAUAAUCAAAACCCAUUCUUUGUUGCCAUCAUAUGCAGCUUACUGUAUAUGCCGUCUUCUCCUUCUCGCUCUAUACUUAGAGGUCUCACUGUAUCCGAAAUUCGCAAGUUUAUUCCUCAAUCUUGGAAACAGCCACCGAGACCCAUCUCUGAAACUCCCAAAACCCAUGAUGAAUCAGUUCCACAAGUUCUUUUCGAAUCAUUUAGACAUUGCAUUGCCCAUGGUCAAUUUUAUGAAGCUUUCAGAACUUUCUCUCUACUUCGUUACCAGUCUGGUUCUCAUGAAUUCGUUUUGUAUUCAGCAGCUUCUCUUUUAUCUACCUGUGUGGGUUUUAGUGAGUUUGUUCCUGGGCAGCAAAUUCAUGCUCAUUGUAUCUCGUCGGGUUUGGAGUUUGACCCUGUUUUGGUCCCAAAGUUGGUUACUUUCUACUCUGCUUUUAAUCUUCUUGACGAAGCUCAGACCAUUACUGAGAACUCUGACAUUUUGCAUCCCUUGCCGUGGAAUGUGCUUAUUGAUUCGUAUGUUAGGAAUAAACGGUUUGAAGAGUCGGUUUCUGUUUACAAGCGAAUGAUGAGUAAAGGAAUUCAACCGGAUGAAUUCACUUAUCCGUCUGUUCUCAAAGCUUGUGGAGCAUUACUGGAUUUUGCAUAUGGGAGAGUGGUUCAUGGCUCUGUUGAGGUUAGCUCUCACAGGUGCAGCUUGUAUGUCUGCAAUGCGUUGAUAUCUAUGUAUAAAAGAUUUGGUAAAGUGGAUGUUGCUCGGAAAUUGUUUGACAGGAUGUCUGAAAGGGAUGCUGUCUCAUGGAAUUCCGUAAUUAACUAUACUUCUGAAGGACUUCGAGAAGCUUUUAAGCUUUUUGAUAUUAAGUUCUCUGGUGUCGAAGCGAGUAUUGUAACUUGGAACACAUUAGCUGGAGGUUGUUUGCAGACAGGAAAUUACAUAGGGGCUUUGAAUUGUGUUGUUGGGAUGAGAAAUUGCAAUGUAAGAUUAGAUUCUGUAGCUAUGAUUAAUGGUUUAAAGGCAUGCUCACACAUUGGAGCGUUACAGUGGGGAAAAGUAUUUCAUUGCUUUGUGAUCCGUAGUUGUUGCCAUGAAAUUGACAAUGUUCGAAAUUCGUUGAUCACAAUGUACUCAAGAUGCAGCGAUCUUAGGCACGCCUUUAUAGUGUUUCAGCAGAUUGAAGCAAAUAGUUUGAGUACAUGGAAUUCUAUCAUUUCCGGUUAUGCACACAACGAGAGAUCAGAAGAAACCUCUUUCCUGCUCAAGGAGAUGUUGCUAUCUGGCUUUCACCCAAAUUACAUUACACUUGCUAGCAUUCUCCCUCUUUGUGCUCGGGUGGCAAACCUGCAACACGGGAAAGAGUUUCACUGCUACAUCCUGAGGCGCCAAAGCUACAAGGACUGUUUAAUCCUGUGGAACUCCCUUGUCGAUAUGUAUGCAAAAUCUGGGGAAAUCAUAGCUGCAAAGCGAGUAUUUGAUUCGAUGAGCAAGAGGGACAAAGUGACAUACACUUCCUUGAUAGAUGGAUAUGGCAGGCUGGGUAAAGGAGAAGUCUCCUUGGCAUGGUUCAAGGAUAUGAACAGAUCCGGUAUCAAACCUGAUCAUGUAACUUUGGUUGCUGUUUUAUCAGCUUGCAGCCAUUCCAAUUUAGUGCCUGAAGGACACAGGUUGUUUACGAAGAUGGAGACUGGGUUUGGUAUACGCCCUCGCCUUGAACACUAUUCUUGUAUGGUUGAUCUUUAUUGCAGAGUAGGUGACCUGGCUGAAGCCAGGAAGAUAUUCCGCAAAAUACCUUGCGAGCCAACAAGUGCCAUGUGUGCUACUAUACUGAAAGCGUGCCUCAUCCACGGGAACACAGACAUUGGUAUAUGGGCUGCAGAUAAGCUACUACUGGAGACGAAGCCAGAACACUUAGGGCACUAUAUGUUGCUUGCAGAUAUGUAUGCAGUUACUGGUUCUUGGAACAAGCUUGUAACGGUGAAGACUUUCCUGAGUGACUUGGGUGUGCAAAAGGCUCAUGAGUUUGCUUUGAUGGAAACAGAUUCCGGGUUAGAUGAAGAGAUUAAUAAGCCGAUGAUCGAUUCUGCCGUUAAUCAAGAGCAAAGUUCAGAUGAAGAACGUCUUGUAGAAGUAGGAUAAAGAAUCAAAGACUGAUAGAAGAAUGUUUUAUUAUUCACUGCUUCAAAAUAAUCAAACUUGAGCACCGAUUUUUUUUACUGUACAUUAAUCCUAUAUUAAUUCAACCA